AUGCCCGAGGUGGUUCCAUUGGAGCGUGGGCGGGGACGGAGAGCACCACAGGGGGUAGAGGCAGUAGUGACUACUUUACGACAAGAGGUCCGUGAUGUUACUGAGUUGGUGCGAGUACUUGGGCAGACUGUUACCGGACUUGUGACAAAGAUUGCCGCUCCAGCCCCAGCUGCAUUACAGGCUCCUGCUGAGGUUCCAGCACAGGUUCCUAUUUUAGGUGGGUUACAGGAGGGUGUAGGACAGAUUAUUGAGGCGCAGGGGCAGAGACAGGGUCAGCAGAGGCAGAGAUUGGAUCAGCAGGGUCAGGCUCUGAGACCGGAUCAGCAGCCCCAACAUUGCUAUGCAUGUGAGGGUGGAGGACCUGCUCCGCCAGCAUCUCGAGGUCAGAGAGCUCCAGCUCUAGCUCCAGUUCCAGUUCCAGUUCCAACACCAGCACCAGCACCAGCACCGAUUCCAGCACCGAGAGGUCCUGUAGGACGUGAUAGACCAUUAGCUCAGCAGCAGCAGGUCCAGAGAGGUGGAGUGUAUGCACUCGGGCCUGAGGCAGUACCAACAGAGCGAGAUCAUUUGGGAGGGUACUAUCGGCGUUUUAUCGAGGGGUUCUCGCGGCUUGCAGCGCCGAUGACGCAGUUGACCCGAAAGGAUACUCCGUUUGUCUGGUCAGACGAAUGUGAGCAAGCUUUUCUGGAGUUAAAAACUCGACUUACAUCUCCACCAGUGUUGGUGUUGGAUGCAUAG